AUGGCGCGCGACCGCCAGAGCGCCGCUAAGAAAGCAUCCACUGGCCAGAAUCAAGGCACCUCCAUAACCAACCCUGAUGACGACCAGAACUAUGGCGACGACCAAGUCCCUGAUGCCACGUCUGCCUCGGACCCCAAGGAUGAAGACUACUUUGCCGAGGAUGGUGGCGAUGUGUCUGACACAAACUUUGAAGACGACGAAGCACCAUCGUCUGGUAGCGACGAGGAAGCUCCUACCAAGCGCAGAAAAUUAGGUAUCUUGUUGCCUUCCCACCACCCUCCCGUGUCAUCCCCCAUAUUCUAAAAUGCGACGUAGGUUCUAAAGGUAAGAUCAGAGCUGCUCGCAAGGCUCCUCGAACCGUCAUUAAGGGCAAGCCUGUCGCCCGAAAAUCGAGAGCUAAGAGCACCACUGCCAUUGCCAAGUCAAGUCGGGCUGUCGGUAAGUAUCGUUGUCCCAGUUGAACAAACACCAUGCUGAGAAGAUUACCAGGUCCGUUAGCAGAACCAAUUUCCCCUAUUGUCAAUGCUUGUAAGUCUAUCCACCCACACCGCAUACGAACAGUGCAAUACUGAAAUGAAUCACCAGAUGAAUCCGCAAAUGAAUCUGCAAAUGAAUCUGCAAAUGAAUCUGAUACCGACUCUCAUCAGAACGCGGAAGCUCGUAAGUUCAUCUAUCGACACCCGAUCCAAAAGUGCAAUGCUGAAAUGACCACCAGCCAUGUCCACAGACGCCUUUAUUGAGUCUUAUCUUGCUUGUAAGUCUAUAUGCCCACAUCCGAUCGCACACGUGUAAUACUAAAAUGAUCACUAGAUCACCUUGAGUACUAUAAGCUAAGUGAGGAAGCUCGUAAGUCGGACCAAUCCACUUCAAUCACCAUUGCUAAUAUUACUCAACAGAAACCGUUGAUCAAGCAAAUGCUGGCACAUCUGCUGGCGGCAAGUCUUCUAGCGGCAAUUCUGCUGGAUCAGCUGCUGCAUACACGGACGGAUAUAAAUAUCAAAAUGGUCCUGAUGAAACUCUCAAGCCAAUUCGCACCCCCCAGGAUGCCUUUCGGGACAUUUAUAAAAACGUCAAACCAUCAAUGAAACCAUUGCUCAACCGCAUAGAGCAGAAGAACGGUGCAAUAAAGGUCGGAACAAUGUGUUCCGGAACGGACAGCCCUCUAAUUGCACUCAAUCAAAUAGCAAGAUGUGAGUUUCAUUUGAUAAACACCAGUUUUCAGCGUUGGCUAAUCAUUUUUUUAGUAUGUGAGCUUGAUGGCCUGAAUUUUCCUAUCCAUCAUUCCUUCAGUGCGGAAAUAGUUCCUUUCAAACAAGCAUUCUUGCGUUUGAACUUCAACCCAGAACAGCUCUUUCAAAAUGUGUGCGAACUCCUUCGUUUCAUUAUGGACAACCGUGGAAACUACAUUGAACUGCCUUCAGAGGAUAUUGUGGGCAAGGAGACCAUGUAAGUGUGGACUUGUAUGAUUUCAUUUUUGUCACUAACUUUCAUCUUUAGGACGACUGCCCAUGGAGGGAAAGCUGUCAUCCCAGGCGAUGUUGACAUCCUGCUUGCAGGUACUUGCUGCACGGACUUUUCAAUCAUGAACAGCAAACAAAAAACCCUCAAGGCCGGCGGCGAAUCUGGAGAUACCUUUUUUUCGAUGAUUGCAUAUGCCACGCAUUAUCGACCAAAGAUUAUCAUUUUGGAAAAUGUCCAAAGUGCCCCUUGGCUAAAAGCAAAGUGGAGCAAAAGAAAGAAGGACGGACCUUACGGAUUCGAUCAUGAAUUCGCCAGAAUUCACUACCAAAUAGGAUUCGUUUUACUUGAUACCAAGGAAUAUUACAUUCCUCACACGAGAUCAAGAGGCUACAUGAUAGCCGUCGAUGUCAAAGACAUGUCGGACGAAGACCGUGCCGACGUGAAUGAGAAGCUGAAGCAGUGGGAAUGCCUCGUGCUAAACGACUCAAAACGUCCGGCAAGUACUCCAGUGGAAAUGUGGCUAAAGCGAGCAGACGAUCCUCUCCUCAUUUAUUGCAGAUCGCAUUGGGUCGAUGACCUUGAGAAGACAAGAAAGCCACCUCGAUGGGAUGCUUGUCAGGUUAACUAUAAGAGCUAUCGCCACAACCUCGGUCUUGGAGAGGGCCGCCCAGUGACCAGCUGGGGCAGCGACGGCUAUUUCCAACUUCCAGACUUUUACCAACGGAAGCACAACUUCGGUAUGACUGAGCGAGUGCUUGAUACCCUGGAUAUCUCUCAUCUUCGUGGUCUGUUGCGAGGUUACGAUGAUCGUUAUUUCUUGUAAGUUUUCCGCUAAAUUACCAAUUUCAGAAUUUGCUAAUUGUUAUGCAGUCGAGUCACUGAACUAGGCCAGAACGUCUACCGUGAUAAGGAGCAAAACAAGCAAGGCGUUGUGAGCUGUCAAACUCCAAAUGCCCAGCAGUUUGUCUCUGUUCGUGGUAGCCGAAUCUCCGGUCAGGAGGCCCUGAAUCUUCAGGGUCUACCUGUUGACGGCCUGGAUAUCAGCCGGCUUUCACAGGCAGAAAUGCAAAACCUGUCUGGAAAUGCUAUGACGACGACUGUUGUCGGAAUUGUUACGAUGGCAGCUCUAACCACAUUUAGCUCUUUCCUCGGUCUCAAGGGAGACCGAACGAAGGCAACUUCUUUCACCGCUAGAAUUCCCGGCGACUCACACCAAGAGAAGUUGUUUGCUGUAAACUCGAGCACUUGGGCACACAAUGCAUUGCUGACGUCUGAAGCCCUUGCUCUUUCCAGGAACACCCUUCGCCUAUGCUAUUGUGAGCAUACAGAGCUCAUCAUUGAUAGACAAUUCCAGCAGUGCAUGAUAUGCUUGCAUACGAGUUGCACAUCCUGUGGUAAAAAGCCAAUUCACGAUUACAAGGCGAUCAAAAUUAUGGGACGUAAGGAUGUCCGUGUCUUCGAGAAUUUGUUGCUAGAAUCUUUGCCAAUGGCCACCAAGUUGAUCAAUCUCACAGAGGCUGAGCUUGACAAGGCACUCGACGGAUUCCUCAUUGAUAACAAGCAUUCGAUUGAUCUUGAGACAUGGCAACUCAUUUUACCGAAGGUCCGAAUGGCUUUGAUAUCGACGGUAGCUUUGCAGGGCAUGCGUCGAUCGGACAGAUGGGAGGUGACUUAUGAGAGUCAGAACGCCAAAUUGGUAUUGUCCAUUUCUGCCACCGAGGCUAGAUGGGACCGUAAGCAAACUUUCCUUCUCCCAUUUCCCUUUCCCCUAAAGAUCCAACUAUCAAUGGUGGAGAUGUUCACUUCUUACUGCUCAAGGCCAAAAGAAAACGUAUGCUAAUUGGUUACAGUAUUCGCCAAUGUUCCCAAUGAGCCUCUGAGCUCACCAGUGGGCAAAUAUCUUAGACAGUUUCCAAUUGCUCAGAUGUUUUGCCACGACAAUAAUGACCUCACCCAAGGAAGUUUCAAGCUUUGGGCCCCCAAAGUCCAUAAGUUCAAGGCUACCUUGUCAAUGAGUGGGCCUAUGAUACCCACCUAUGAGAAUCAAGUCGGUAUUGUGUCCAAGCAGGAUGAUAAUCAAUACUCCAAUAUCUUUGUGGAUGUCAAAAAUUACAAUCCCAAGGUGAUUCCUGUCGAUAUCGAAGGCCCAUAUGAGCUCUCGACCAUAUGCGGCCAGUCCUUCAAUUGCUUGUACGUACAGCAGCAAUCGAAGAAAAGCGAUAAGCGGUUGUUCAUGUUCCUAGAGCCGCACCUGCGCCAUGGUGCGGUAGAGACCCACUCGGUUGUUAUUGCUGACAACACCAGACGCCUUGGGCAUGGUGAGCAUCGGGAAACUAAGGGCAAACUCGCAACUCCCUUUCGAUUCCCCAUUGUCAAAGCCCGCCGAAAUCCCGAAGAUCAAAGUAUCAUCAGUCAUACUCUUGAUAAUGGAAAAUCCUUCAAGCCAGGGUGUGUUUUUGAAGAUGUUGAAACUACGAUAUCCGUCGAUGGCACCUGGGAAAACUUCCAGGGAAUUGGUCUCAAUAAGCCCGAUAACGAUGCGACAUUGUACCAUCAUCUUCCUACUGGAGCCUCAUUUUCCGACACCCAGUGUAACACACAACACGCCGUUUUUGCAUGCCGUGCUAACAUCGUUGCCGGUAUUACCCAAAUGUUUCCCGAUGAUCAAGUAAGUAACUCCUCAGCUUCUCCCUCUCCUUUGAACUCUCCGCUUGGCCAUUGAUUUCUAUGCUAAUUUACUCCAGUGGAUACCACUGAGUAAGUCUAAUGAGCCUGCUUUCUUGCAGGACCUCAAGUAUCUUGUCCAAGGCGGUUUGGUCCAAGACGGCCACAAGGAAGGUGGCGAAUGGCACACCAUUCUCAACCACGCAUCGCAAACUCGGUGUCAGGCAUGCGCGCCCAAACCUCCACGUUUAUUUUGGGAGAAGAAACAAGUUACCAAGAGUACCAGCAAACUGACCCCUUUCGAAGACCCAGUGGAAGCCGCGGACUUUGAGAGAGCCUGUAAGAGUCGUGCGGAUCCAAUCUCUGCAUGGUAUCUGCGCAAUGAGAAUAAUGUUGUCACGUUCAAGGUUAUUUGUGAUAUAUUUGGGCUUAUUCACAGAGCUCAGGCUUCCUUGACGACUGUCUUGAAGUCUGAACAUGAACUCACAAUGCAAUAUAGAUUGAUUACGGUAAAUUCAUUUCUAUUCUUCCUUCUUCCAAGCCACAUGAUGCUAACAUAUUACAGAAUACGCAGUUGAUCUCCAGACAUAAGAAGGUGCCAUUUUCCAUUCCAUCCAACGAACAUGUCCCUGGUAGCGAGAAUCUCAGACAUUGUCUAAAAUUUGAACUGCGUUCUCAACAGGCAGACGCGAUCCAAUGGGCAAUCAACAUGGAGAGGAACCCAAAGCCAUGGCAGGCAAUUUCAGUCGAAGAAGCUCGGAUCGACUCCAUUGGAUAUCGUCUGGAAGCUCGAGCUGUCGCAGAAACUCCAAUCCGCGGAGGUCUAUGUGCCUACGAUGUGGGUUUUGGAAAGACCGUUGUAAUGUUGGGCCUUAUCCAGCAACGAAAGAAAGAAGUCGAGGAUUGGGCCAAUGAAAAGACACCAAAGGGGGACGCCAUCCGUUCAAAGGCAACCCUCGUUUUGGCUCCCGUGCACCUGCUUCUGCAGUGGGCAGCUGAGAUCAAGAAAUUCAUCAAAGUACCAAUGAAAGUAGUUGUUGUCAAGGAUACCAAGGAUUGGAACAACAAGGUUUGCAAUUCCAAGCAACUUUUAUUAUUCAGUGUGAAAAAUGUACACUAAUUCGUUGCAGGCCAAGGUUCAACUUUUCAUGGAUGCUGAUAUCAUUAUCAUGAACAUGUCUUUAAUUGAUAGUGGUCCAUACCUUCGCGAUCUCGCCAAUGCUGCUGCUAUCGUUGAGCUUGAUAAUCAAACUAUCGGCAAGCAGAACCGCGCAAAGAAAUCUUGGCGUCAGAUGGCCGCCGAUAGUGUCAAAGCCAGUAUGCCGAGUCUUCUCAAUGGCAAGAUCGAUGAUUUUGUCAAGUCCCAGCGAGCAGCUUAUGACGCCAGUGUUGAUGCUUGUACUCAAAAUCAGGCUCCAAUUCCUUCGAAGCGCGUUGUCGGUUCCAAGUACAUGUCCCAGAAGGCGGCCAAGAUCGGCGACAAGCGUACAUGCAAUGAAAUCAAUGAGCCGAAGAAAGAUACGCUUACUUCUCGAGAUAAUUAUUGGAAGUUUAUUCAGGGCAAACCACUAGCGGAUUGGAAGCCAAUCCUGGAAAUGUUCGAGUUCGCAAGACUAAUCAUUGACGAGUAUACUUACUUGAAUGGUCUAGAAGAUGCGAUUGAAUUCAUCAGAGCUCACAGUAUACUCAUUUUGUCUGGUACUCCAGAUCUCGCAACUUGCUCUACAGUUUACAAGAUAGGCAGACUACUUGGUGCGUAUAUUGGAACAGAUGACUAUGAUACGACCACCAUUGAACAUUGGAAGAAGAUAUCUGGGGAUAUGACUCGUAAGCUAUUCAAACCCCCUUCCCCUCUCCGUUUGCAUGGUCAUUCAUAUUAAUCUUUUUCUAGGUGCCGAAGAUUAUCAAACCCAUCUGGCGCGCAAAUCUGACGCCUAUUCUCAUAUGCAAAGACAACGUGCUCAGGAGUUCUUGAAUAUGUUUGCAAGAAAGGUAUGUUGCACUAUGCUUCUCUUUUUACCACUAUGCUAACAUCCAGAAGGACAAGGCUGAUGUCGAUCGCAUCUCCAUGGUCGAGGAGUACCGAAUCAUGUAUCUCACGCUCUACCAAUGGGCCAUCUACAAGGAGUCGGAGCAGCGCGUCACUAACUUGGACUUCGACCAUAAGAUCCACUUCAACUCCGUAGGUGGUCAUUCGUCGCAAAUCUUCAAAGAAUCCGCCCAGAGUUGCGAGGAUCCUCGUGAAAUUUUAAUCUUUAGGAGCACCCACACGCAGCCACUGCCUGGUAUUGAAUCGUAUGAGACCCUUUCCAAUAUGCUCAGCAGAUUUUGCGUUGGGGGACACAUGCUAAUAUGUUGCAGUGCCGCGAUACAAAAGGUUUAUACCCUGGCGGAACAAGCCAAGAGAGCUAGGCUCUUCCGUGAGAAGAAGAAGAAUGCAACAGAGUUUGCAAGAGAAAAUGAUCUGACCCUCCCCGAAAAUGACGAUAUCAGCGAUGUAGGCGAUGUCGAAGUCACUCCGGAUGACCCUGAAUGGGUUGCUCCUUCAGAUGAUGAAGUUUCUGCCGAAGCUGUGACACAAACCAAAGGCAAGAAAGGCAAGCAAGCCGAGACAUCCGUGGCACCCAAGGUAAUCAAACCUGCUGUGGCAGCAGAGGAUAUGUGCAAACGAGUUCUCGAAUUCCGGAAAGGAGAACUCGUCACUCUCUUGAACGAUUUCACUUUCCAAUUGCGAAAGGCAACCUGGUUGCAAAACAAUCAAGACGCUCCUACCGACCCUAAGGGUAAGCAUGAGCAAUCUUUCCAAAGAUGGAAGGCUCGAGGUAAGUGUUCUUGACAUUCAGCUCCAUCAUUCGGGCUUGGCGCUAACCUGACAUGUUCCAUAGCUGUUGAACGUCAAGACACCGAAAUCGUCAAAUAUUUGAUGAGCUUGAUUGCUAAAGCCACUCUUUCUCACAAUGAAUGGCACCACUUUUACCGACGCACCGACAAGAGCGUCGCAGGAGCUGCCGCAAAGCGCAACAAUAAACUCUUGCCCGUUAUUCCCUCCGGAGAUGUUCUAAGUGGUAACAACGCACAUCUUACUCAAAAGGCUGCUGCACUCCGAACCCUCGUCGCAUUACUGACAAGGCUUUCCGAAAGCCUCUGUAGCCAGGUUGUUUCCAUUCGAUUCAUCGAAUCUCUUUGCUGCGUCAUUGACGAGGGCACCAAGAACUGCGCCAAUUGCAACGCUCAUUUAAGCAUUGAACACAAUUUUACACUCUUGACGAGUUGUGGACAUGUGGUAAGUUCUUUUGCGUUUUAUUGAAACUAUAUCCUUACUGACUUUAAGUAGAUUUGUGAUAAAUGCAAAGGACACAAGGCUCAUACUUGCCCAAAGUGCCACGCACCAUAUGAACCACACCAGGCGAUUACGGGAGGGCAAUUACAGAAGUUCAACAACUCUCUAGUUAUUGCUGUUGAGCAGUCAUCUCCCAUGUACGGUGAGAAGGUUGACUCCUGUAUGCGCCUCAUUAAGAGUCUUCCAAAGGAUGACCAUGUAUUGCUCUUCGUCCAAUUUGACCUCAUCCAUAACGAAGUACGCAAGGCUUUGGAUGCGAACGAGAUCAAAUACAUUGAUCUCAAAAACACCAAGGCCAACAAGAAGUCCCAGGCUCUAAUUGACUAUCAAGAGGGUAGCGCCCAGGUGCUCCUUCUCAACAUCGAUGAUGAAUCUGCAGCCGGCAGGUAAGUUAUCGCUUCCAUUCCAAAUUUCCCUUGUCACAAACCACUAACUUUGUAUCAGCAACCUCACCAUUGCGAACCACAUUAUUUUCUUGACUCCUUACUUCGUCAAGGGGUCCAACUCGCAAGAAAAGUGGAAUGCUACCAUGACGCAAGCUGUGGGCCGUUCUCGUCGCUGGGGACAGAAGAAAGUAGUCCGUGUCUACCAUUUUGUCACCGCGGAGACGAUUGAUGCAGAUAUCAUUCAGAUGCGGCGCCAAAAGAAACUUCUGCCGAUGGCUGACAAUGAGAAUCUCGGAGAAUUGGUUGAUCUUGACGAUCCUGCGGAAGUCAAGGGACCACUAUCUUCAUCCAUCUCUCAUUUGCUAUUCCGUCAGAACCACUGAUUGGAUCAAGGACUGUUGAAUAACGGGGUUGGCAUUUCAUUACGAACCAAGCGUUCAUUUUUCUUUCUUUCUUUUGUUCUUUUCUAGGUUUUCUUUUUCUCAUUUCUUUGAUAGCCGAGAUUGAUUGGUUGAUGAUGAAUUGGACUGGUGGAAGUUGUGGAUCUUACAAAAAUGGGGUUUCAGCACUUGUCUAUCUUGUACUUUUCCUUCUCCUUUUUUCUUCUGUAGAUCCUUUGGGAUCACGGUCACGGAAGGUUUUCCUUUUUGUUUUGUCAUUUGAGGAAGAACGUUGUGAGCUCACGCUCGGGAAUUGUACGAGCAUCUUGAUUUUGAUUGUGGAGGAAACUAUACCACAAACAUACAUUAAGAAAAGCACAAAAAAACUUGAAAAUAAAAAAACCCUUCGGGGAAAACUAAUACUUGUCUCCCU